AUGUCAAAAUCAACUCAGCUCAGCUUAGCUCAUCGCAACAACUUGCAAACUGAACAGUUAGUACAACAGCCCUUCUCACACGCAAUCCCCGAUCUAACAUUCAUCAUGGUCAAGCUGACCAAGAACCCUCCUAUUCCAAAUCCCCCCAAGCCAGCUCCCCCGCCGCGUGAGGCGGGCGAUAAGCCUAACAAGCUGUGGAAGCCUCGCCCUCCUAACCAUGCUCCUGAGGCUCCGAAGGAAUAG